CAACAUGAUAGUGCUGCCUUAUAAACUAAUGGCUCAUGACUUCCUUCUCUUCUUCUUAUUCUCUUGCAUUAUAUCUACAAAUAUUCAUGCUUGCAAACAAACUCAACGCAGCUCCCUCCUGUCCUUUACCUCCACUCUAUCUUCUCCUCCUUUAAAUUGGACAUCCCUUGAUUGCUGUCGUUGGAAGGGUAUCACUUGUGAUCAAGAUGGUUGGGUCACCCGUUUGCUCUUACCUUCCAAAGGGCUCAAAGGAGUUGAUUUGUCCAGCAAUCACUUCUUUGGUGCAAUUCCAUCUUCAUUCUUCCAACAAGCAAGCAAUUUGACUAGUUUCAAUGUCAGCAACAAUACCUUCACAGGGUAUGUCCCAUCCUCUAUUUGUCUCCAACAUUCUUCUCCCUUCCUUAGGCUAUUGGAUUUUUCUUCCAAUGUAUUUAGUGGCAACCUUGCUCCUGGGCUAGGGAAGUGUUCCAAACUGCAGGUUUUUCGUGCCGGUCACAAUAACAUCUCAGGAUUAUUUCCAGAAGAUAUUUAUAAUGCUACUAAAGUUGAAGAUAUUGCAUUACCUUUCAAUUCACUACAUGGAGCCAUUAGUGAUAAAAUUGUCAACCUCACCAACCUUGCCAUCCUUGACCUUUCCUUUAAUCAGUUUGGCGGUGAGCUUCCCCAAAAUUUAGGGAAGCUCUCCAAGUUGAAGUUUGUGACCUUAGAUUUCAACAAUUUAGAAGGUGCGUUGCCCCCAUCUUUGAUGAAUUGCACAAACCUUGUAGAACUGCAUUUGGGAAUAAACCACUUGGAAGGAGACAUCUCUGUGCUUGAUUUCUCAAGACUUAGUCAGCUUACUAAACUCGACCUAAUGAUCAAUAACUUCACUGGUACGGUUCCAGUAAGCCUUUACUCAUGUAGGUUCCUAAAAGCCAUUCGGUUGACUGGAAAUCAUCUAGAGGGACAAAUUCAAAUUGAGAUACUUUCAUUGAAAUCCUUGUCCUUCCUCUCGCUUGGUUUCAACCAAUUCACCAACCUCACAGGGGCAAUAAAGAUAUUGAUGAGUUGCAGAAGUCUUCACUCACUCUUUCUUACUGGUUCCUUUGUGGGUGAGCGAAUUCCAUCUGAUGAUGACUUGGUUGAUUUUCAUGGAUUCCAAAAUCUUCGGAUCUUGGCUUUGGUUAAUUCUAACCUCACUGGUCAAAUACCUUUAUGGUUAUCAAAGCUCAAGAAUCUACAGGUCUUGGCUCUACGUUCUAAUCAAAUCACAGGGCCAAUUCCAAGUUGGUUGGGGACUCUUCCUAGACUAUUUUAUAUAGGCUUGUCAGAAAACCGAAUUUCAGGUGAAUUUCCAAAGCAACUUUGUCGACUACCAAGUUUGCUUUAUGAACCUAAUUUUGCAUCUCAAGUAGACAACUAUGAAUUUGAAUUUCCUGCCUUCAGCUUCACCAUCAGCAAAACUGGAAAUCAAACUUUUACAUCACAAACACUACAUUUUUAUCCAGCAACGAUAGAUUUGUCUAAGAAUAACAUUAGUGGUUAUAUACCUGCUGAGAUCGGCCAAUUGCAGCUUCUCCGCAAGUUGGCUCUUGACUCCAACAACUUCUCCGGCAUCAUUCCAGACCAAAUAUCUAACCUAACAAAUUUAGAGGUUUUGAACCUCUCCACGAAUCACUUGUAUGGAAUAAUUGUUUCGUAGAUUUAGCUCCACCAAAAUGGAUUAUGC